GGGCAUCACCGUAAAUUCCAGGUUGGCUUUCUUGCCAGCCCAUUAUAUAUCACUCUCAUGGAGCGGUGGCACCUGUACUGCGGCCCAUUCAUAGGCAUAGGCUGGUGAUCAUAUCACAGCUCCACGUCUCCAGUUCCAGUCUACUCAGCCCCCUGCAUAGAGUGCUCCUCCUUAAUUUGAAGGAACAAGCAAGAAAAGGAGAGAAAGAUGACCAGCGUUUGGAAGACCAAGGUUCUGCCCCGCCUCAACAAGAUCUUUGACAAGGAUGGCAAGAAGGCGGCGGCGGCCGAGUUCCUAAAGUCCUUCAACAAGGAGGAGAUUGGCAAGGAGAUUGAGGACAAGAAGACAGAGCUGGAGCCCAAGGUUGUGGAGGCUUAUGAAGCAUCUCCUCCUGAAGUUAAGGCUCUGUUCAAGGACAAGAAACCAGUCAAGAUCAGCAAGAAGAACUCGGCUGCAGCUACCAAGUUGCUCGACGAGCUGGCUAAGAUUGAGUUCCCUGGAGCAAAGCUGGUGAGCGACGCGGUGGCCAAGUCCGGCACCACGCCCCUCUCCCCGGCGAUCACCUUCGUCUUCGACAAGGUUGCGCCAUUCAUCCCCAAGGAGGAGCCCAAGGCCGAGCCGGAGGCCACCUCCCGGGAAGUCGCCGUCGAGGAGAAGAAGGAGGAGGCCGAGCCCCCGGCCGCUGCGGCGACGGAGGAGGCUGCGCCGGCACCGGCGGAGGCGUCGGAGGCGGUAGAGGAGAAGAAGGCUGAGGAGGAGAAGCCGACGGAAGCCGCAGCCGAGGCCGCGGCGGCGCCACCAGCUGAGGAGAAGAAGUGAUCGCCACGCCAGUCGACACUGAAUGAAGAAGCUAAGCAAGCAAAUUAAGCUACGUAGCUAGCUCCGAUCCUCCUCGUUGCUGGUAAAUUGAAGUUACCUUACCGUGAGAUUUAAAUUAAAUUACUCCCUCUCCUUCUUGUCAACCACGUCGUCGUAUAUAUAUAUAUAGUAGCUAGCUGCUGCACAAAUUAAUUUGCAUAUAUAUAAGGGUGGUGGAUGCAUGAACAUUUGUUAUUCUUUUGUGUCACCUCGAUCGAUGGAUGGACCUUCUGUAAAUUUGUAAUGGGUUUUGCCUUUCUUGUUUUUUUUUCUUGAUUUUGGGGUGAUUAAACAUGCACGUGUAAUUAUUUGUAUUGAUAUGUUUGCUGGUGGUCAUAUUUAAGAAAACAACUCGACGAUCUUGUGCC